CGGAUCCUUCUGCAGCAUGCAGAGCAUUCCAUCUCACAAUCACAGUCAUGGCGUCUUUACGCAUAUCCAUAUCUAAAUCCACCGCAAGCACAACAUCACGUCUUCCUACCGCACAUCAACCAUGCAAACGCCUCCUCCACAGCACACCCGCAGCGCACAUCCGCCUGCGGCCAUCCACGCGCCAACGCCCCUCGAAACCAACACCACACCUCGACGACGAGGGCAACCCACAUCCAGAAGAUGUAUACCCAGACCGCAUGAACAUGCCAGUCAUCAACAUCUACGAGCAGCCCGAGGACCAAUCAACGGCACCCCAACUCAUCGACCGCAUCACGUCAUGGGACGAGCUGCGACAAAAGCGGCAGCAGGCGCAGACCGAAGAACAGAUGAGCCAACAGACGAUGCGCGCCAUGGAGCGCAAGUGGCUGGGCAAGAGCAGCGAGUUGUCCGAGGAGGCUAUGAUUCCGAUCCGGACGCGAAUUGCGACGGCGGAGGGGGAUGCGCGGCAUAGGGCGGCAAUGGCGGCGUUGAAGGUGCGUGUGGAGGGCGUGCCGGAUGAGAAGGAUGUGAGGGUGGAGAGAUUGAAUAUGCGGCUGCGGCUAGCGUAUGUAGGGGCGAAUGCGGUGGUGCAGAGGGAGUUGUGGAAGGCGUAUCUUCUGGCGAGGGAGGUGCCGGGGGUAUUGAGGGCGAUCCCGGAACCCGCAUGGGAUAUCAUUUACUACAGUCAGGCGAGUCUACCGGAGAAGUAUCCUGGGAAGGAGAGGAUUAUGGGUUUGCUGGAGGCGGAUUUAAAGAGUGUGGGUCAUGUCGGGCCGCCAACUCCAGGGUUGUUGGAUUCGAGAGGCGAGGAGGAGGAUGAUGAUGGUGAUGAUGACGUGGAGCUCGACAGAGGUGAAGACGAAGAUGAGUAUAAUGAGGAGGACUUGGACGGUCUCAGCAAGGAAGAGAUGGUGAAAAAGCUCCAGACAGCGCUUGAGAAAAGCGCAAGCGGGUCUGUGGAGGGAAAUGAUGAGCUCACCAAACUGCUCAACGGCAAUGAAGAUGAAGACGCUGAAGAUGAAGACUGGGAUGAAGACGAGGACAUAGACAGCAAGCUGGCUGACGCGCACCGGCCCACAGAGAUCAUGACCCAAGAGCAAAUGGAGCAAAGAAUAAAAGAUCACAACCUGGAAGACGUGUCAAUCGAGAGCAUGUUCGAUAGCCUGACCGAUGACCAACUCAAAGCCUUUCUCGAAGACCCACGCUUGAAAGAACAUCUCGGAGAGGAGGCCUUUGAAGAGCUCACAGCAGCAAUGCAAGGCAAGAACAUCGACACGGACCCUGAUUAUAUCGACAUCCGAAAGAACAAUUAGCGGUGCUCAAAUGGGCUUCCCCUGUAUAUAUUUCGAGCCCCUGUAACACAACCCGUCCCGGCUGCGUGGUGCU